AUGACAUGCUCUAAUCUACCUUGCAGGUCGACCAGCCCACGCCACGAGGCAGGCCGAUGCCAACCCCAGACCAACCCAACUGAAGAGCGCACCUCCGAUUCGGUGGAACCUCUUCCAGUUGUUGUAUUACCUGCGAUCGAAAAGGCGCCAAGGCUCACGACUAUUCUUCAGAACACGAAGCAGGACAAGGAAAAUGGCCGUGUAGCUCGGAAGAGGGUACCAUCCCGGUCAGCCCCUCACUCGGAGUCGGGAUCUGGUAUAUCCAAACGCCGCCGGGAGGUCAAGCCGCAUCAAUUCACCGAGGAGAAACUGUUUGAGCUCCUUAUUGGAAAAAUUAGAACGCGGGAGGAAAGAGAGGCCGCAGUUGCCGACAUGCAGCAGCGAUUACAUACCGAAAACGUUCGCUUGAAAGAGGAAAACAGGGAGCUUCAAGAGAAAAACGAAAUAUACGAAGGGCGACUUGGCAUCCUGGAUGCAGAAUCCAGAUCUUACCGUUCUCAGAUCAACGGCUGGAAAGAAAGAGUGUCCAGAUUCAAAAAGAUUGUCAACGACCUGGGCAGAGAUUAUGAAAAUCUCCGAGCCGAUACAGAAAGAUUCAAGACAACGGCAACUGCUCUCCAGAAUGACAGAAGCGACAUACUCAAUUCCAUAAAUAACAUCAAGCUCCAAAUUCUUCGGGCAGAAGAGUCGACUGAUGAACAGCGCUCGAAAGUUUCUGACAGUGAGAAACAGAUUGCUGUCCUGCAGCGGGAGGUACUCGCCUCUCGGGAGCGGGAGGGCCAGGCAAAGUCAGCCCUUGCUGAAGAAAAAAGGCGGAAUGGCGUGCUAGAGUCAUACGUUCAAAAUUAUUCUCGGAACCAUAUGAGACAGCUGAAGAUGAUCAGAAGUGAUCACUCGCAUCUGUUGGACAAACUGAUGUCUGCCCUUGACAGUAUUUCGGAAGGCUCUGAAAACUCGAGAGAUACAGUUCUGUCCGAGAUGCGAUCUUGUUUUGACUCAAUGGCGAUUCGCCUGUCUGAUCACGAGAAAUCGGUCACCAACGCGAAUGUUGAUGUUUCGCACAGUAUCCAAGAGAACACGAGGUUGAUCGGAGUCGAGCUCGGCCCUGCGUCAAAGGUCGUCGAACAGCUCGGUCUUUGCAACAAGUCCCACGAAGCCUUAAUGAACACAUUAGGGGUAGUCUCACCAACAUUGAGCGAGCUUGACACGUCGGUGAAGACUUUAGCCGCUGGCGGGAAUCAUCUCGUACACGAGCUGAAAAACUUUGGGACGAGGUUGGACGAGAUUCAAUUGCAUGCAAACAACCAGGAGCUUGCCACGGAGUUGUCUGCCAAGUUCUCCGAGAAUACCCAGCUUCAGAUUCGACUCCACGACACCUGUUCGGAUCUUGAGAACAUACGAGUUAAAUUGCACGAGCGAGAGGCAGAGAAUCAGAAAUUGGAAAGGUUGGUCACAGAAUCAGGUGCCAAAUGCCAGUCGCUUGAGCACCAGAAAAUGCAAGUGGAGGCUGAAAACACUUGCCUGAAACGCCAAGUCGAGUCUUCUAAGGAGGAUGCACGGAAAUUGAUUGAUGAAGAGAUUGCUUCAUCCAGAACUGGGAUGCAGGAUGAGUACGAAGAGCAACUGCGGGUCAUUCGACAAGAGAAAGGAAAGAUCGAGACUUCGUCUGAAAUGCUUGCGAGUCAACUUGAAGACGUACAGAAAUCGUUGAAGAAGGCUGAGGCCCAGAAAUUGAUCGACGACCAGAAGCGAGAGCGAGUCUCUUUGGUAGGUCACUCGGCGCAAGGCAUGACAGAUGCUGAAGAUAUUUUUCAGGUUCGCGAAUCAGAGGAACGAAUUCGACAGUUGACAGAUUCAAAUUCUUUGUCCAUGGCCCAAGUGAGCGCUCAGACGGAAGAUAUCAAAAGAUUCCAAGAGUCAGAAGCAGCAUCGUGCAUAGAAAGGGAUGAUUUGCAAGAGCAACUCAGACUGGCUCAUGAAAAAGUUCACGAAUUGGAGCAAAAGUCGACAGCCGUCAGAGCAGAUCCUCCGAUGACGGAGCCUUUCGUUGGAAAUAUCGUCCCUUUUUCGGCGGUUGAACGCCAGCUCGCAUCCCAGCGAGGCGCGUCGCUUUGCUAUGAGCCUGCUGAUUUUGCAAUGCUGUUUAUGUCUGACGAGAUGUGUCCCUCCUCGCCUUACAAUGUCGAGGGUGCAAAGAAAUCCGUGGCCAGCCCGGAGAAGACGUCACAGCAGGGCAAGGAACCACAAAAACAUCAAGUUGAUAUUGCCGAGAAGAUAGUCGAACCCUCUUCAAAGAAUCAGUCGCCUGUCAGAUCCAAGCGCAAAGCCGUCAACUUCAAGUCUCAAAAACUGCCGACGGACAUCACAGAGCAAACAUCGAGUACCAAGUCAAUCCUGACGAAAGUGGAACAUGAACCUGAAGACCGCCCUAGCAAAGUGACAAAGCAUGUCCACAAGUGGACAUACAGCCGAAUUCGCAGCACAGGACCUGAUAUUCAACGCGAACAGUCCGCUGGGCCUUCUCAUGUGUCUGUUGUCGAACGACGCACGAGCCCGAAAGGACUAGUGUCCGCUAACAGUGGCCAGAAAGCACCUACUCGUGGUGCUGGUCGGGGCCGGGGAAAACGGCGAUCUCGAGGUAGGUCGAGAAUGAAGCCAAGUUCCAUUUGA